UGACAGAUAUGUGUAACGUAGAACAAGCUUCUGUAGUUGAUAUAAAGAGUGAAAUAUCAAAUUGUAGCCAGACCAGUUGCGGAAUACCAGUAGUAGGAGAUGAUUUGUCAUACGCAGAAUUCUUCGAGAAUUUUAUGUUGAAAAAUUAUCCCGUAAUAAUAAAGGGUAAUUUUACAAAGGAAUGGGAGAGCGCUACAAAGUGGGUUAAAGAUGAUAAACCCAUGUUUUCGUACCUUAAAGAAAAUUUUGGGCAAACUGAAGUACCUGUAGCUGAUUGUGGUAAAAGACACUAUAAUGUGCAGGAAAAAAGCACAUUUAAGCUUUGUGAUUACCUUGAUUAUUGGUCAGAUUAUAUAAGAAAUGACUACCCAGAGACAAUGCCGUGCUUUUACUUAAAGGACUGGCAUUUCACAAGAGACUUUCCCCUACAUUUGAUCUACCGCACUCCUCAGUAUUUUGCCAGUGAUUGGCUUAAUGAAUACUAUUAUGACCAUAAAAAUAAAAAUGAUGAUUAUAGAUUUGUGUAUAUGGGUCCUAAAGGUUCAUGGACUCCAUUUCAUGCUGAUGUAUUCACAUCAUUUAGUUGGUCUGUAAAUAUUUGCGGUCAGAAGAGAUGGUUGCUGUUUCCUCCAGGACAGGAAAGUUUUUUAAGAAAUAAGUUUGGGAACUUACCAUAUGACUGUACAAGUGAUGAACUUAAAAAUGAAGAUUUGUUUCCAGAAUAUAAAAAAUUAAAUCCUCCAUAUGAAAUAUUACAGCAAGCCGGUGAAGCAGUAUUUGUUCCUUCUGGCUGGCAUCAUCAAGUUUGGAACAUGAAAGACACAAUUUCCAUCAAUCACAACUGGGUUAAUGGCUGCAACAUCAAAACAAUGUGGUUGUCAUUGAAGAAUCAUUUGGCUGCUGUGAAAAAGGAAAUAGAAGAUUGCAAGGAAAUGGAGGAAUGGAAUAGCCACUGUCAAAUAAUGCUUAGAGCUUCUUUUGGGUUAGACUAUGAAGAAUUUUAUAGGUUUUUAUUACAUAUUAGCAAGAAAAGAAUUGAGUCUCUUCAUGGAAAGGAUGAUUUAAUAGUUUAUGGAAAUUGGAGAAUUGGCAGAAAUCAUAUUGUUUUUGAUUUACUUAAGAUAAAUGAAGUUUUGAACCUCUUCCUCUCUGACACUGACUGUGAAAUUGCACUGAAGGAACUGGAUGUACAGAAACCAAAAGACUUGUUGUCUGAAAUAAAUUCAGUGGUAUAAAUUCAGCUGAGGGAAAGCAGAUGGUGCCAUAGUGACAGUUUCAAUACUGGAACAUGGUUCAUAACAUUGUUUUGCAGAGGAGUCUGAAGUACUGGUACUGAACACAUGGAAAAGAUCAUCUGGGAAACAUACCAAAGACAGUGAUAGUACUACACACACACACACACACAGAGAGACUCUCUUCCAGCCAUCAGCCACCCUUGUCUAAUACACUGUCCUGCUCCCCUCCUCCUUUCUCCUCAUCCCAUACAAUCCUCUCACAGCAGGAAAACUGCAGUACUGGUUUACUUACAUCAUCAGCAACUAUCAGCUUUGUAAUGCUGGUCUCAGCAGGUCACAUGAAAUUUCACACAGAGAGACUUGCCAAAGCCUCACCACUCAGUUACAGAGUACUACAAAGAAACAGUGACUGGAGCUCCUAAUUUAAUACUUCAGCAGCAAAAACCAGUUUUAUGUACUAUCAUCAUCUUCCACUUUAUCAUGGUUAUGAAAAUAAUAGUACAGCAUUUAUGCUCUUUGUUUGUAGAUUAUAUGCAGAUUCAUGACAGUCUGUUGUAAAAACAAAACAGGAUUGAAACUGUUGAUGUAUUUGUCUCAUAAUACAGGGUGAUUCAAAAAGAAUACCACAACUUUAAAAAUGUGUAUUUAAUGAAAGAAACAUAAUAUAACCUUCUGUUAUACAUCAUUACAAAGAGUAUUUAAAAAGGUUUUUUUUUUUC